UUCCCCACUCGGAAGCAACCAAAUUCACUCUACUCCACUCUACUCAACUCUUCCCCCCAACAAACACAAUCGUCGCUAUGAACUCCUUCUCAGUGUUCUUAGUGUUCGCUCUGGCCGCUUUGGCUGCGGCAGAGCCACCAUCCGGAUAUAACUAUCCCCGCGGCGGAGGCGGCGGCGGUGGCGGCGGAUUCGGAGGCGGCUUCGGCGGUGGCUUCGGAGGCGGCGGCGGCGGUGGAGGCGGCGGUGGCUACCAGGCCGUGAGCGGCGGCUUCCAGACCUCCGAGGGCCAGAACGUCGAUCAGCAGCUGCUGGAGCAGAUUCGUCAGAUCCUGCUGAACGAGGAGAGCAAGCAGGGCGGUGGCGGCGGAGGCGGCGGUGGAGGCGGCGGCGGUGGCUACCCAAGCGGCCCCUCCAGCAGCUACGGUCCCCCCUCCACCAGCUACGGAGCCCCCGGCAUCGGAGGCGGUGGCGGCCGUGUGGUGGGCAUCGAUCUGGAGGGCGUGCGCCAGGCCAUCCAGGUGGCCCAGUUCGCCCAGCAGAGCACUCAGCAGGGAGGCGGUGGUGGCGGUGGUGGAUACCCCAGCGCCCCCUCCGGAUCCUACGGAGCUCCCUCGAGGCCCAGCGGCAGCUAUGGAGCGCCCUUCUAGAUCCCCGAAAAGGUCACACACAUCUCUCUGCCAAAAAUGAAUACCGACGGACACGAAACCGACUAAGACGACACCAACACUACAUCAAUUUGGGCAUCCUGGUCCUCGAAAAGGAACAACCGAUCCACUCUGAUCCCGAGGGAACUGGUGAUCGUUCCCCUUCUCAAGCCCCCUUCCAAAACUCAGCGACUGUACCUCUCAGUUCCCCGAAACACAC